AUGGCGGCUCCCAGCGGCGACCCCUUCGCCUUCUGCCUGGAGGCGCCCCCCGGCCAAGCCCGCCGCGCCCUGGAGCUGCGCCUGACCGGCGGGGCCAAGGGCAAAGGGCUUUUUGCCACCCGAAACAUCAGGAAAGGGGACACAAUUUUUGUGGAAAAGCCUGUGGUGUCGGCUCAGUUUCUUUGGAACGCCCUGUACAAAUACAGAGCCUGCGACCACUGCUUGCGCGCCCUGGAAACGGCCGAGGAAAAUGCUCAGAGGCUGCUGGGAAGAUUUCAGCCGCUUCCUCACCCCGAGAAAUGCAGCAUUCGAAAAGACCUCCACCAGUGCUGUCCCAACUGCCAGGUGACCUACUGCAGUCCUGAGUGCCGCCAGGCUGCCUGGAAUCAAUACCACCAAGUUCUCUGCCUGGGACCCUCCAGACAAGACCCCGACCAUCCCCUCAACAAGCUGGAGGAAGCCUGGAGGAACAUCCACUACCCCCCGGAAACUUCUAGCAUCAUGUUGAUGGCCAGGAUGGUGGCGACCGUCAAGCAGGCGAAAGACAAAGAGUGGUGGAUCAAACUUUUCUCUCAGUUCUGCCACAAAACGGCCAACGAGGAAGAAGAGAUCGUCCACAAGCUGUUGGGAGAGAAGUUUAAGGGCCAGCUAGAAGUCCUGCGGAUGCUUUUCACAGAGGCCCUUUACGACGACCACCUUAGCAAGUGGUUUUCUCCUGAAGGCUUCCGGACUUUGUUCGCCCUAGUUGGGACCAACGGACAAGGCAUAGGGACCAGCUCCCUGAGUCAGUGGGUCCGGGCCUGCGAUGCUCUGGAGCUGCCCACGCAAGAACGGGAACAGCUGGACGCUUUCAUAGACCAGCUCUACAAGGACAUUGAGAAAGAGACGGGAGACUUCCUGAACUGCGAGGGUGCCGGCCUCUACGUGCUGCAGAGCUGCUGCAAUCACAGCUGCGUCCCCAACGCCGAGGCCUCCUUCCCGGAGAACAGCGCCCUCCUGCACCUGAGCGCGGUGGAAGACAUCCCCCAGGGAGAGGAGAUCUGCAUCAGCUACCUGGACUGUUGCCAGAGAGAACGGAGCCGACACAGCCGGUGCAAAAUUCUACAGGAAAACUACUUGUUCGUCUGCUCCUGCCCCAAGUGCCUGGCUCAAGCCGAAGACCCCGACCUCACGUCAGAGGAGGAAGAGGAGGAGGAGGAAGGCGAAGGGGAGCCCGACGGCGCGGAGCUGGAGGACGAGAUGACGGACGUUUGAUCUGGCCUUCCGGGG